AUGUCGACGAGUGGACCCGCACAUAGAGUGGAAAGCGCGGCGGUGGAAUACGGAUAUCCUCAGGGCCAUCUCGGACAUCUUUCUGGGGAGGAGGAAGAGGCGUUUAGGAAUUUCAAGGCGUAUUGUCAGGAGAAGGGGUAUUUCACCCCGAGGGAGGGUGGUAAAGAGGCGAGCCAUGAUGAUCCGACUUUAUUGCGCUUUUUGAGAGCAAGGAGAUUCGUCGUGGCGGAUGCGUAUAAACAGUUUCAGGAAACGGAGGAUUGGAGAAAGGCGAAUGAAAUAGACAAGCUCUAUGAGACGAUAGACCUGGAGCAAUAUGAGGAGACGCGUAGACUGUACCCUCAAUGGACAGGUCGUCGCGACCGUCGCGGCAUCCCCGUCUACGUCUUCGAAGUCAAACAUCUAAAUUCGAAAACCAUGUCAGCGUACGAAAAGUCGGCCUCGACCACCAAAUCGCAAGCCAAAACCGACGGCAAGAUCUCCCCUAAACUUCUACGUCUUUUCGCAUUAUACGAGAAUCUUAUUCGUUUUACCAUGCCUUUAUGUACAGCAUUGACCGAUCGAGAUCACCCCAGAACGCCCAUUACUCAGAGUAAUAACAUAGUGGAUAUUUCGGGGGUGGGAUUGAAGCAGUUUUGGAAUUUGAGAACGCAUAUGCAGGAUGCUAGUACUUUGGCUACAGCGCAUUAUCCGGAGACUUUGGAUAGGAUCUUUAUAAUAGGAGCUCCAGCCUUCUUCCCAACCGUCUGGGGCUGGAUAAAGAAAUGGUUCGACCCAAUCACUACCUCCAAAAUCUUCAUCAUCGCCCACGCCGACGUCAAGAAAACCCUCGAAUCAUUCAUCGACCCGGUCAACAUCCCUAAAAAGUAUGGCGGACAACUAGAUUUCGAAUUCGGUCACCAACCAGUUUUAGAUCCCCAUCUUAACUCUGUUUGCCAAUGGGAAGGAAAACAUACGAAUUUCCCAGAAGGCCCAAUCCAUUGGGAACAUGUCGGUGAGGACAAGAUCAAGGCGGUUGCAAGGGGUACGCUGCCAGGUAGCCAUGCGCAGAGGAAUGAGGAGGUUUGCACGGUUACGAGGAAGCUUCCUGAUGAGCCACAACCGGUGGAGUCGCAGCCGAUUAGACCGGAUAUGCUUUCUGCGCCGACAGAAACUGAGAUUCCUACCACCUCAGUACCAGCUACGGAAACUGCUGCGCCUGUAGCAGCACCAACGACCGAAACUUCUGCGCCAGCUCCUGUCGCUCCCGUCGCAGUGGCCAAAGACGAAGUAUCAGAAGGCACAGCAGUAGAAGCAGGUCAAAUCGUUUCGGACUCGCGUCCGGCACCACAGACGUUCGUUACGGCAUCGGAGGGGCUGCCGAAGGUGGGCGAUCUGAGUAUCAGUGAAAAGGUCCCCGAAACGGGGAAUCAUAGUACAAGGGCGGGGGCGUUGUUGGAUCCUACUUUGAAGAAUUAG